UUUUCUUUACUUCAGCUAGCAUCACCACAGCUACAGACGAUGGCAUCAAGUCCCAACCUUCAGAAUAUUCCAUCGUUCCUUUCUAAUAAGAGAAUUGCUUCACCUCUCAGUAGCCUGUCAAAGCGAAAUCCGACCCUCAAAAGAUGUGUCAGCGUCUCUUGCGUUGCUAAGCCAAGUUUCUAUGCUUGAUUGAUUAUUCUACUAGUACUAGUACUACAGACGAAGGCCUACCUGUUUUCCCCCCCCCCCCCCCAAAAAAAAUUACCUGCUUUUAUAUUUGGUAUCAGCACUGGCGUUUGUCUGUUGGAUUGUAAAGUAUUAUCUCCACCUAAAGCAAGCGUGUUUGCGUCUAGUUGGUGGCAACAGGUCUGUGCCUUCGCGACUAUGUUGUUGGGGAAGUACUCCUAGUUGAAAGCUACCGACAAAAACGAUUCGCCACACCUCAAUGACACCAUCACCAUGUGGAGCCGCCAUCAAUUUCAUGCGAUUCCUUUGCAUCGGAAUUUGUCAAUCCGCUGCCCAACAUUCAACGGAAAGCCAAAACAGCGUCUCUUUUACAUUACAGGCCGUGGAUAUAAAACGGUAGCAAAUGCUUCCGCGAAGCGGCGAAAGGAGUUCGUCCCAUCGGCAGGACAGCAAGCUAUAGUUCACACCUGUCGCACUCAUAAUGUUAUUGUCUCGGCUCGCCCAGGUACGGGAAAAACAGCUACAGCUGAAGCCAUCGUUGCCGCUUAUCCAAACGAACGUCACACCAUCCUGCUUUACAACAAAGGUCUGCAAAUUGACACCGCCGCUCGCCUAGACAAGUAUUCUAAUGCCAGGUCUUCCACAUUUCAUGGAAUGGCUGGUCAACUUUUCGACACCGUCGUGCCUAAUGAUGCUGUUCUCCGAGCCCUUAGAGAAAAAGGUGAUGUUCCAGUCUGGAAUGGCAAGCCAUAUCAGAGAGUAAUCCUGGACGAGCUACAAGAUUGCACAGAUGACAUAUUCUGGCUCAUAUGCUCAUUCAUAUCAGCUAUUACGAAUGCCGCGCACGAAAAGGCUCCCCGGAUCGUUGUUCUUGGGGACGAGCGGCAGGCUAUAUAUGGAUUCAGAGGUGCUGAUCCAAGGUAUUUGAGCCUUGCUCCCUCUAUCAUGACCACACUUUCUCCUCACACAUGGGCCCAUCAUACACUAAGCGAGAGCUUCCGGAUGACUUAUGAGAACUCAGCUUUUGUGAAUAAUGUAUUCCUCGGGGGUGAGAAAUACAUUGUCGGUUCGCGCAGAGGGCCCAGGCCAAUUUAUCUACACGCAAAGGUCUUCGAAUCCGAGAGCAUCGCCAUCUAUCUUCUUCCAUUCAUUCAAAAGUAUGGUGCUGAAGAGACGGCUUUUCUGGCGCCUUCGGUGCGUCAUAAUCCGCCGUUGCAACAAUUGAUCAACCACCUUUCUGAACGACAUGGGAUACUUGUGGCAGAGCCACAAUCGGACGACUCACCGCUAGACGAUGAUGUCUUGAGAGGCAAAGUAUGUGUGAGCUCGUAUCAUCAAUUCAAGGGAAAAGAGCGCAAGCUUGUUAUCGUUGACGGUAUCGAUGACAAGUAUUUCGAGACCCAGGCUCGAGAUCUUCCCGGUACCCUCUGUCCAAAUACAACCUUUGUUGCCCUCACUCGCGCGCGCGAGCAAUUGAUUGUAUUACAAUCAAACAAAAAUAAGCCUAUGCCGUUUCUCGACAUGGUAGAACUUGAAAACACUGCGAAUAUUGUGGAGCUCGGAGACCUUGGAGGACUAUCCAUGCCUGCAAAGCCAGGCCGUUCACCUGAUCCCAAUCUAAUACUGCCAACAUCUGUAGCUGUAUCAGAUUUAUCCCGUCACAUUCCCAGCGAGAUCCUGGAUAAAAUAUGCACGAAACAUCUUCGGAUCGACCGCAUCGCAGAACCGCUCCCAGAGUCACAGCACAUCAAGGCUCCAACUAUCGUCCUUACUAACCCUGAUCCUCAGAAGAGACAUUACGAGGAUGUCAGUGAUAUCAACGGACUUGCUGCGGUAGCGCACUAUGAAGUUACCUCAUUUGGCAGUCUAUCGACCUUGCAGAUGUGCCCGGCGCCAUUCACGAAACUUUCCAAUAAGAUUACUCGAGCUGUGUGGCUCUGCCGCGAGGCAUGUAAAUACGCAGCUAAGGCUUCAGGGUACAAGCCGCGACUGAUCCAGAUGAAAGACCAUGAUCUUAAAUGGUUUGCAUCGGGUCUUGCCAAAGCCACACGGCGUCUAAAGACGCAACUUCCAGAAGAUGCUAAGCUAGACUUUGAAGUCUCGUUGGAAAAAAAGGACUUUAGCAUGGAUAAUAUAUCUAGAGAUCAGCCACGCAAGACAAAGUUACAUGGACGGGCAGACAUUAUUCAAUACUAUAACCCAUCUACAAACAAGUCGAAAAGGAGACAUGCGAAACGAGUCAUAGAACACAUAAAUUCCAACAGCAUAUCGAUUUGGGAAAUCAAAUACGUCGCACAACUCUCCCUCGAACACGUCAUUCAAGUCUGCAGCUACGCUUAUAUCUGGUGCACACAGCACCAACGACAGUCUCCCCCGAAAAUCCUCCUCUUCAAUGUGCGUGAUGGCGAAAAAUGGGAGAUUGUGCCGCGAGGAGGUGUAGAUAGUCUUAGGAAAGUAGUAGAGGAAGCUUUGACUGCAAAGUAUUCUACUGCGAAGACGCUGACCACAGAAGAGUUCUUAAAGAAGUGUGCGGAGACGGCGGCGGAGGUUGAGAAGAACUGUGGUAAGAGCUGA